CACUUCCUUUUCUCGACUCCUAAAUCGAUCGUGCAUCAUGAAGGGUUCUAUUUAAUAUUGCGGGAUUGUCGAGAUCAGAUCAGUGCCCUAAUAAUAUCUAAUGUCCGUUGCACGUUGCAGCAUCUUCGGCUCUCUCUUUCUCGGAGGUCCUCGUGUGAAAAUAAUAUUGGUGUUGGAAUAUGGUCUUUUAAGACAGCCAAGAAGCGUAAAGGAGAAAGAUUGUCCAAUGAUAAUAGCGACCAAACACGCAACGCUUCCUGUAAUAAUCUUUACACCCUCCACUGAACACUGAUUAUAUACACCUCGAUAUGAAUUUUGCGACCUCAACAUUUGAAAGUGUGGUGUUGGAGAGUUCGCCGUGUUCUGUGUGAUGAGUCACGCUGUCCGAUUGCUUCACAUAAAGAGGCGCCCCCUCGUUGAAUCUUUGGAGAUGGAAAUGUAAAUACUCAAAUUUCCGAUGCAGUGGGAGAACAUGAGACAUCGGGUAGCUUUUCGCUUGAAGAAGUAAAUACUGUGCAAAACACCCGAAUACGGAUGAAGAGAAAUAAAAGUGGGGCACGGAUGCAGGCACGACUGCAGAUGACUGGGAUGUGAGCAAUCUUACGCUGCACAUGAGUGGUCGCAGUAUAUGUACCAAGACCUUCAACUCCGCCGUAUUUAUGGAAACACGGCCGAUAUAGAUCGACCUGAAUUAGGACUUUGCCUGGCUCGACUUUUUGCACCUUUUUUCCAUACGUAAAUACAGAAUGCUUUUCGCAGCUUUCUUGCGACCCUGCAGUGUCCGCCCAAUCCAUUGAACCACCGAAAGGACGAUUCUAUUGACCAACAUGAGUGCUGUGACUGCCGUGCGCACCAUCGCGAGCGCCGGGACAGAUGUACUACCUUCAGGUGGAGUGCCACUUCUAACCCAAUUCUCAACGCCAGCAGAAUGCUCAACACGGUGGUUUCAUAGUUCUAGCUCGGGAGAGAACUAUCUCUUCAACUUCAGUCGUUUCAAAAUUGCGUCAGAUACGGAAUACUUCGACUACUAUUUCUCUGCAUGCUUGCCCUACUCCACGUUAGCCGCCGUUAUCAGUCCUGGGGUGUGCCCUAGUGGAAGAGAAGCUGGCAACAUAGUGUACUACAGUGCAGAGCAGCUUUAUGUGGGAGAAUGUUGUCCGAGCGGAUGGUGGGUGACCGAGCCUGGCCGCACAGGUUGUUCUACCAUCUUCACAACGCCGUGGACAGCGAUCACUGGCUACACAGAGUCCGGCACUACUUACUGGGACUCACCCAUGGUCAUCACGACAACGGGAAUCAACACAGUAAGGGAUGGGGAUGGCUCGAUUGUAAUGCGACUUCCCUACACCACAAGUUCAGUAACAAAAAAGAGUACAACUGUCGUAUCAUCCGGAAUCGCCAGCGCGGAGCCAUUUCAAAUAUUUUGGAAAGCAGAGGAUCUGCGGCUGUUUCCUACUGAGUACGCUUCGUCUCUAGCCUCACGAAUCGACGUCCCGUUUGCUACGUCAACGCCAGCUUCACCUGGUGCUAGGCUAGGAAGUGGAACGCCACAAACAUCAACCCCUGUGCCCGGACUUAGCACAGCAGCUAAAGCUGGCAUUGGAGUAGGCUCAGUCCUGGGCAGUGCCGUCGCAAUUGGUGCUCUCGUUAUAACACUUUUAUGGCGAAGGCGCAGCCAGCGUAGAAGAGAUGAGCUUGUUGCAGAAGGAGACGGCGAUCAUAUCAUGAGACUUGAGCUUCCUGGGGAAGAUGCGAUCAAAAAACCAGAAGUUGCAUACAUCAUUCCAGAGGUUCAUGGGAAAGCGUUGAAUGAAGUUGAUGCUACCCCUAGAGCUAUUGCUGAGAUUGAUUCGAGGAAUAUACGGGCGGAGCUUGUGUAG